AUGUCGUCGACAGAGCUCUCUGAAGCUCACAACGGGUCGAACGGCGCGGGUGUUACGUCGCAAGCCCCCCCAGCGCCAGCCCACGAUGCCAGCGUCUCAGCCAACCCCGAGCUGGACCUCCCUAAGCUCCAGUCUCUAGCCACCGACCAGCAACAACUCUUCCUCUUUACCCACGUGUCGGCACUGACGAAACAUGUCUUGGCCCUCUCUCCAGACGACUGCACGGCGCAGCAAAUGUAUAUCAAGAAAGAAAUCUUCCAGAUCCUUACCCUGACAUCGCCGCAACCCACUCGAGUGAUCCGCAACAACCUAGGUCGGUGCCUGGCGCAUAUCUUGGGAAUAGGAGACCGAAAGCUGCUCUUCGAGACCGUCAACGAUCUCAUAUCCAUACUUGCUGGCGGGAAGGGGAAAACGGAGGCCUCUCAGCGAGCCAAGCAUGCUGCUGUCACAUGCCUAGGAGACGUCUUUGCGGCGGCUGGUGACAGCGCCAUUGGCCUCCAUCCGUUGGCAUGUACCUCUAUGCUGAAGCUUCUCAAGGCCUCUUGGAACAAUGCGGGCUUGAGGGCCGCCGUGUUUCUCUCUCUCGGCAAGCUUGUCUCCAUGGUACGGACCAGUAUGGACGAGACGAUUACGAGGGACAUGUGGAAACAGUCCAGGAGCUUCGCGACAAGCGACAAGGGCUCGCUGGUCGUCGUGUCUGCGUGCCGCUGUUUGAAAGCCCUUGUACGACACACGCCCUACUUUGACAAUUCUGGCGACUUCGACAAGUUGCAGGCUGCCGUCUUCAAGAUCAUCGACUCCCCCUCUAGGCAGGUCAGGCAUGCUGCUGCAGAGACCCUCGCUGAGGCCAUGCUCCGGGGCUACUCCGAGACGGGUCUCCCGGGCGAUGCCGCCUCGUCCAAGGCGAAGAAACCGAAAUCCAAAGCGCUACGACGAGCCAGCACGAUGCCUAGCAAUCUUGCCGACGAGGAUGAGCUGCCCACCUCGAGACCUGGGAGUCCCGCCCCUGGCGGUAAAAAGACGCAGCAUCUCGCCCUGUCGCUAUCGGACAUCCUGAAGAUCCUAUCUACCCAUUAUACGAAGCUAUCCACGUCGAACAGGGCGAGGGCCGCAAUUGGGGUGUGCUACGCCAAGCUCUUCAAGAAGCUGGGCGAGAAGGUCGUGGGACCCAAUUUCCUGAGGAUUGUCGACAAUCUGUCCGUCGACCUUCUUGGCCAGCCCACUAUCACCAAUAACAAAUAUCGACUGCUGAUUUCGAGACGCAUCGUGGAGACGAUCCUCCAAGACGUCAUCAACAAGAAGAUUCUUGGCGAGGCCGGUCAGACUUCAGUGGCCAAAGCCCUCAUCACGGACAUUCUUAAGAAUUAUCCCCAAGCGCUACCUGAGAGACCCGAGCCGUCUAAGCAGACCUUGAUCAUCUCACUGGGCGUGGUGGGCUCCCUCGUCGGAAGCCUGGGCUCGGCGGCAUACAGCUUCGCAGAGUCCUGCCGAGACGGCCUCCUCGGUAUUCUUCAGCAUCCGAGCUACUCCGUCCAGGUCCAUGCAUCGGCUUGCAUGAAGGCUCUGGUGCUUGCCUGUCCUCAACAGCUGCUACCUUGUCUGUCCGUUUGCAUGAACAGCCUCAACCGAGAACUGUCGCAGUUGACCAAUGGCCGGAACUCGCCCAGACGCUGUAUAGGAUACGCCCAUGGACUUGCCGCGACGCUCAGUGCCAGCCCUUCACGCCCCCUCUAUGGCUCCGUCGACGUCAACAGUCGCGUGCUGACCAUGGCGACCAACUUACUCAAGUCCAGCGGGCAGUCCGAGCUUCGGGUCUCCAGCACUCAGAUCCAGGUGGCAUGGAUCAUGAUCGGCGGCCUGAUGUCUCUGGGGCCCAACUUUGUCAAGAUUCACCUUUCUCAACUCCUCUUGCUUUGGAAGAAUGCCCUACCCAAACCUCUCUCCAAGGACAACACGGCUCAUCGCAGCUUCUUGGAGGCCUCCUUUUUGACGCAUGUUCGCGAGUGCGCCCUCGGCUCCAUCCUGGCCUUUCUGCAAUACAACAGUCGGCUGCUCACCGUCGACGUUUCGAAGCGCAUAGCCACCAUGCUUCAGAAUACGACGGCCUUCCUGCGCUCUCUGCCUGCCAAGAAAACGUCAGAGGACGUUGCGCAGAGGCUGGCCCCGGCACUGCAGCUCCAGGAUCUGGACAUGAUGGUGCAGCGCCGAGUCCUGCAGUGUUACACCAAACUGGUAAAUCUGAGCCCGGCGGGUGGUAGCGAGGCGCUCCUGCAGUCGAAUCUGCUCACCCUGGCCAUCUCCUUGUUCGCGGAUCCCGAGAACUACGCCCCCAGUGCCUCGCUCAGUGCAUCCAUUGCGAACGCUGCCGCCACCUUCGACACGAUCUGGGACGUGGGCGACAACUCCGGGUUUGGUAUCACGGGCCUUGUGUCCGGCUUCAACGUCCGGCCCCUGCCCGGUCAGCAUGAAUCAUCCAUGGAAGACACGCUGCCCCAGGACAAUAGCCCGGAAGACACCAUUGACAGGCUUCUCCUCAGCCCUAUCUGCGGCACCUUGGAGCAUGACGCCUCCCUCCUUUACGUUGGCGAUUCUGCCCCGGGGCCAGAGGCUCCAGAUCCGCCAGCUACCGAGGUUAUCAACAUGGCCAUACAGCUAUUCGCAUUUGUCUUUCCGCUCACGCCUUCCAAGGUGCAAGAAAGCGUACUCGAGCAGAUCAAGACGUUCAUGUCCGCAGGAUCUUUGCAGAGGGAUCCUGGGAGGAGAGCUGCGAUGAACGUCAACGUAUCACUUGCGGUCCUCUCGACGCUUCGGGUUGCCACGAAGGAGACCGGGGCUCCUUCCGGCGAUGUCUCCAAUAUGGCGGUGGAGAGGCUCCUACAGGAUAUGCUUCGGGACUUUGUCAUCGACGAAGAUCAGUAUGUGCGGAGCAUUGGCUACGCCGCCGUGGCCAGGCUCUGCGACGCGUGUGGCAAUGCAUUCACCAACCAGGAGAUCAAGCACCUUGUCGACACCAUCGUCGCCAACAGGGAACCGAGCGCAAGAGCCGGGUGCGCCAUGGCGAUGGGGGCUAUCCAGAAGCAGGUUGGGGGCAUGGCUGCUGGUUAUCACCUCAAGACGGUUCUCAGCGUCCUCAUGUCUCUUGGCAGCGACCCGCACCCCGUGGUCCAUUACUGGGCCUUGGAGGCCCUCGCUCUCUCCGCCGAUGCCGCCGGCCUCAGCUUCUCGAGCUACGUCCCGGGCACACUGGGCAUGCUCGUGCAGCUCUACGUCUCGGAUACGCACAACCCCGAAAUCUCCUCGCCGGUGACCAUGAACCUGGAGAUGGAAUCGUCCACGACCGCAGCCAUCGUCCGUUGCGUCGACUCCCUGAUCAACGUCCUCGGCCCCGACUUGCAGGAUUCGACCAAGUCAAGGGAACUGAUACUCAGCUUGGUGGGCCAGUUCCAGGAUGAGGAGGACGUCCUGGUACAGCGAGAAAGCUUGGGCUGCCUGGAGCAUCUGUCGUUGUAUGCCCCGGGCUACAUGGAAUUCGAAAGUUACGUCAAGACACUACACCGAUACCUCAACUCGGAGGACGCAGCGCUCCGCGAUGUGGCCAUCGAUGGACUCCACAACAUGAUGAAGCGGGAUCCUCUGGACGUCGUCCAAGCUGCGGACAAUGGGUUUGAGGAUGAACUCUGGCUCGUCCUGGACACCGUCCCCUCGCACGACGGCAUCCGGAACAUCAUUCUCAACUGGCUCAAGCAGACCUCGUUGACCGAAACGGAAUCAUGGCUCCAAAAGAUCCAAAGCGUGCUGAAGAUGACGAGGGCAAAACCAAAGGACGAGUCGGACUCGGCGGCUGCCAAGUCGGGCGGGUUGCCGGAUCUGCAGGACGAAGAGGUCGCUGGCUUCGCAGCCGCUUCAGGAGCCCCCAAGGACGAUUCGGAUACCAAGACGGCCUCCGAAGUCGAGCCGCUCCGUUGGCAGGUGACGACGUUCGCGGUCAGCCUCAUCAGUGAGCUAUUUACCCUUGUCAACAAAGACGUCGCGACGCGCGGCGACUCCCCUGCCCAAGCGGCACUGCAGGGCAAAGUGGGUGAUGUCGUCAAGAUGGCCUUCUCCGCCUCCACGUCGAGCGUGCUGGAGCUUCGAAUCUGGGGGUUGAAGAUCAUAGGAGACGUUUUGAAGAUGUUCGGACGCACUCCCGACCCGGACUUUGAGGAGGCCAUGCUGUUGGAGCAGUAUCAAGCACAAAUCAGCUCCGCCCUGACUCCGGCUUUCGCCGCUGAUUCAUCCCCCGAACUCGCGUCCGAAGCUGUGAAUGUUUGCGCCGGCUUUAUUUCCACGGGUAUCGUCACGGAUGUUGACAGGAUGGGCCGUAUCCUGAAAACACUGGUCACGGCCUUGGAGAACUUUUCCCGGAACAGCGAAAACGCCGGCAUCGGCGAUCUGAAGGGACUGAGUUCUAACGCCCAGGUCAUGGUCAAGAUGUCCGUCUUCUCGGCGUGGGCAGAGCUCCAGGUCGCCAGCUCGGAGCAAAAGUACCUCGUUGACGUCCUCAAGCCUCACAUCGGCACCCUCACGCCGCUGUGGCUCGAGUCCCUGCGAGAAUUCGCGCGGCUUCGCUUCGAGCCUGAUAUUUCGAUGACACUAGGGCCGCCGUCCCUCACCGGCAGUCUCGAUACCAUAUAUGCGGCGCUCAACCGUGAGACGCUCCUCAAGUUUUACCAAGAGUCUUGGCUGAAGCUAGUGGACGCGAUCGCGAGUCUCAUCGAGCAAGACAGCGAAUUCGUCUUCGACGCCCUUGAUGGCAAGGGGUCCGAUGCGCCAUCGACUAACGGCCACGGCCAUGGCAAGGGACCGGAUAUAAACUACCGCGACGAGCCGGUGGCUUUCUUCUUCGUCCUCUUCGGCAUUGCAUUCGAGGCGUUAGCAACCCGUUCGAGCCAGCCGGACACCUUGGCGACGCAGGAACAGACCUUGGCCAUCCUACAAGCGCUCAAGAAAAUCCUCCACCCGAGCGUCUCCGGCCACGCCAUCUAUCGCGAAGCCAUCUUCUCUGAACUGAUGGAACUUCUAGACCGCUUGGUCCUAACCGAGGGUCUUGACGUGCAAGGUGUCAUUGUAGAUAUAGCCAAAGCUCUUUGCGUUUCUCAUCCUUCGGCGAGGAAGAAAGACGCGGCCGAUGACGACGGCGACCUCUCUGACGACAUUGAACAACUCUUCGAGCUGACUCGGAUCAGCGUGCUCGUGCUCUCCGGCCUGCUGCCCAACCUCUCGCCCGAACCUCAGCCGACUAGGUUCCAGACCACGGACGAGGCCAUCCUGCUCAUCCGGUCCUCGGUGGACGCCCUGGUCGACGCGGCCGAGGUCUUCCCCGCCAUCAUCAAGACCGACCUCCACGCAUGCAUCAUUCACAUCUUCUCCACUGUCCUCGCCACGCCGUCCUGUCAGCAAGUUGUCGUCGCCCAGUCACUGCCGACCUUGAAGCGGUUCAUCUCUAGCAUGUCCAGAUCUCGCGCAACGGGCGAACAAGAAGGCGGAUCCGUGACGGAUGUACAGCUUCAGGCAUGCCUUCGACGCUUCUUGUCCAUCUACCUCAACGCGCAGAAGCGGGAAGCAGCUACCUCCCUUAGCUGUGUGAAGAACUGCUUGCUUGCUAUUACUAUUUUGUUUACCGGAGGCCAGAAUCAGCUCGGUGCGAGUGAGCCGUUGGUCGCACGAUAUCUUGAUGAGUUGAUCGACUGCCUCACGGAUCGAAUGACCGCCAAGAUCGCAGCAAACUGCAUCAAAUCGCUGCUGCUCCAGCCGAAACCCACGCGUGCCGACCAGACCAUGGCCCGCUACCUCCUGCCACGCCUCAUCACCUUCGUUACCAACACGGACCCGGAGGACCCGGAAGAUGCCCGCGGCCUGGUCUGCGGCACGCUAACGCAGCAUCUCGUCACUAUGGCCUCCUCCUUCUCCUCCUCCUCCUCCUCCUCAGCUGCCAGUGCUGCUGCUUCCGCCACCACUACCGCCACCGCCACCACCACCACCGGAGAAACCCGAGACCGUGUUAUGGCCGGCAUGGCGCUGGUGAUACCCACCCUCCUGGCGCGGGCGUCAGCCGAGGGCAGGGAAACCUACCGGGAGACGAGCACCCGGCUCCUCGAACUGGCGAGCGCAGACCAGGCUGCCUUCAAGGCCGUCCUGGGGGGUAUGAGCGAUGGGCAGAAGGCCUUCUUGGAGGAAGUGAUUCGGGCGGGCCGGGAUGCGGCCGGCGCGGUAGAGCGGACCGUAGGCGGUGGCGCCGGUGCUAGCAACGGUGGCCAUCCAACCAUCGAGCUCAAGAUGAACUUUGGGAGUCCGUAG